AUGGGCACUGCCUCCGGCGGCUGGGGCUCCGCCCCAGACCCCGCUGCUCCUCUCGCUACGCUCGAGUCGGUUCCGUGGGGAUACAGUGACUCCUGCGAAGCAGGAGCAACGGGUUGCCCUUGGGCUAAUCGUACGUGGCUUGCGCUUGAAAUUGCUGGUGCCAAGUAUGAAUUGAAAGAGAUUGAUCUCCAAAACAAACCUGAUUGGUUCCUUAAGAUCUCCACAAAGGUUCCUGCUGUCACUGUCAAUGGCGAGAUUUUAGUCGAGUCGGCCAUCACCACUCGUUAUGUUGCCGAAUUGUUCCCAGAGGCUGGUUUGCUUUCUAGUGAUCCUUUAAUUAAUGCUAAGAGUCAGUUGUGGGCCGAUAGAUUCAUUGAGACACUUCCUGCUGCUACUAUCUACCCUAUUUUUAGAGGUGUAGAACGUACGGACGCUGAGAUUGAGAGCUCGUUCUUCGAAGCUUUGGACAAGGCCAUUCCUUACUUGCAACCUAACAAGAAAGAUGGUGAUGGACCUUUUGCUGCUGGUCAGUCGAGAGUUCAACUUGGCGAUGUUUUGGUUGCUCCAUUUGUUGGCAGAAUUAACUUAUUGAUCGAGAAAGGUAUUAUCCCCAGCUCUAUCAAGACCAAGCUCACCACCGAUCCUAAGUACGCUUCUUAUGUUGAAUAUGUCAAGGCCAUUCAUGAUCUUCCUGCUUUCAAGAAGAUUUUCAAUGUUGAUGCCAUUUACCAAUCGUUUGCAAAGAGGAUUCAAGAUGCCAAGAAACAGUAA